GCAGUGUAAGAAAGCAUCUCGGUCAGGGUUUGGACGCCCCCGUUCGUGAAUGUAGCCCACGGUUCCCAAGCGAAAGCUGUAUGGGAGAACAACUGAAGGGGGAGGGGAGAUUCAGUGGGUGCGAGAGGAAAAGACGUUUCAGCAAGUUCUUUGACCCGUUAUUUGAGGUGAAUUUCAUGGCUGACGUGCGGAGGAGAUUGCCUCUGCUGGUACUCGUUGUCGUCUUCCUCCACGUGUGUUUUUCGUGGCAGUCGUGGAAACAACAACGGAAGAGGAAGGCUUCAACAAGACGGGCGGCAGGCGAACGUCUAAUGGUGGGCAUGCAGGCACGACCGGCUGCUGCCGCAGGUCAGGGAGGAGUUCGAUCUUCUGCGGCGGAGCCUCGAAAGCGGUACGACCCGUCCAUGUACACCCAUCUGGAGUCGUGGGACACGCCAUUGCCCCCGUCGGACGAGGAGCCGAAGAAGGAAGAACUUUCGACAUUGCCUCUCGCUAGCGGCUCGACUCAGUUGUGGUCGCAGACGGUGCGAGUAGGCGGGUCGGCUCCCGACGAAGGGGGCGGGUUCACGUCAUUGCUGCAUCAAGGCUUGCGGGACGACGACGGCGGAGGAGUUGAUCUGAGGUUCGGGUUGUGUUCUGGCGGCGGCAGGGAGGCGAGCCGUACAUUCAUCAUCGAGGGAGAACGUUCGGCAAGUGGCGUUGAGCAUGGUGGAAGUCUGCAUACGGAGCAGUCCACACUUCGUCGCGCUGCACCCGUGACUGGCGCGGUCGGGCCAUCGCCAGCGGGACGGCAGCAUGGAUUGACUGCUCCGUCCGUCGAUCGAUUGACACCGACCUGGCCCGCACCCCCCUGGGUGGCAGCAGGGCCCCUGCGCAUGGGCGGUGCACGUUCGUUGAUGCCUGCGUGCACAACACCGAUCGAAUCCGGAGUGAGGGACGAGGGAACGUGCAGAGCGCCGGUACAUCCACGACCCACUGUGGAGAACAUAACACGUGGAGUGUCGAACAUGCGGGCACACAGCGAUGGAGGCGAAGACGACGUUGGAUUCGGUGACGACGCAGACGAAGGGAUGAGGGAAGACGUGGAAGCGGGGGACGACGACGACGACGACGUUCCAAUUCAGCCUUUGGGGAAGACGGCUGGGAGGGGGAGAGGACGCGGCAGAGGUGGUGUUCGUGGUCGAUCCGUUGGCCGUGGAGGCAGAGGUGGCGGCGCUGACGACUGCAUGAAGAAGUGGGACAAUCUGUUCCAGAACUACAAGAAAAUUCAGAGGUUUCAGAAUGCUAGCGGCCGGUCAUAUUUUUUCAGGCUGACGAACGAAGAGAGGAAGGAGCACAACUUCAAGUUCCGGAUGGACAGGGCGCUGUACAACGAGAUCCACGCAGGCAUGGUGGGGAACCACACGAUUUUCCCUCCCAACAUUGCCGACACCGGCAGUCCGGAUGGGGUGCAGCUGCCCAGGCGAGGAGCGGGUGGCGGGGAGUCUGUUUGUAGUGAGGCGGCCGAUGAAGGCUGCCCUGACGAGCGUUCUUCUGCGAGGGAGUCCGACAGCAACGUAGGUAGCGGGGCAGGAGGCGGGAAGCGGAAGAACGCGCGUCAGCAGGCAUUCGAGUCCAUCUUUGAUGUCAUGGAACGCCAUGGCGCACUGAUGUCGUCGACGAUCGAAUCGUCUAGCAAGCGGCAAUGCAGCAUCUUCACGAGGCAAUGCGACAUAUUGGAGCACGAAGCGACGGCGUCUGCAGGACGGGAGAGUGCCAGGCAGCGUACUCCGGAUCAGAGCGCUUCGAAGAGGAUGUCAACCCCUCCGCCGGAGGCGCAGCAGCUGCGUGUCCGCGAAACGUGGAAAGAGAAGGGUGUUGUGGUGGACCUUGGCGACGAAGACGAUGAGCCUUUGGAAAAACGUCGCCUGCGCAGUGCGACACAAGCGACCACAGCGGCGGUGUCGACGGCUCGCGCUGCGGAGGACGAAAGGCCGAUCACAGGUGCACUGCCCUGCACGCCGUCUCAGCCGCGUCAGCGCAACGACGGUGGUGACGGUGCGUCUCGCCAACGAGGUGGUGGUGGGGGAGUCAUGGCAGACGCGCGUGCAGCAGGGGGUGAGGCGGCAGGUGGCGCGGGUGUGGCUGUUGCAGGUGUUGUCCCUCCCGUUCCGACGGCGAGAGAGGAGGCUGCAGUUCCAGCGACGGUGAGAGAGGAGGAUCGUGGACAGAACACGAACCAACGGGAUCGCAGCGAGGCCGCUUUAAGCCGGGCACGCAGGGGAGUCAUGACGAAAGACCUUAUCGAUCGUGCGCUUCUUUGGGUGGAUGACAAAUGUUUCUGGACGAUGGGUGAAGGACGCAGACUUUACAACAUCGUCCACGAAACCAAGGAGUACUUCGUCGCCAUCGCCAGCGGCCUUCCGCCACCUGAACUUCCGUGGAGCGUUGUCGUCCCCAAAUCCAGCACGAGGGUGGCAAGGAUCGCAGACCAAUCACAGCUCCAGCAAGCGAUCUCCCGUGCGGCGGCGGUGGAAAAUAUAGCUCAGCGCAUCUUGCACGACUGGGUUUUCAAGUCCGGGAACCGCCCAAGGGGGUACCACCUUGCUUUCCAGUACUCGUUGGAGUCUGUAGCGACGGACAUUGCGCGUGCAAUGUGGUACGGCGAGGAGUGGCGCAACGUCGUCAGCGCGCCGAUCUGCGCCCACACGAUAGAUCUUAACAUGGACCUUCCACUGUGGUACGCCGGCGCGAAUAUCGAGGACAGACCUGAGGACGAUGACAUGGUUGCGCUGUUGCUGGCGGCGUCCAUAUGGAUUAUGCACAUGGCGGGAGACGAUCCGCGCAGUCACUAUGAAACAUUUUACUUCGCGGAUCUCGUCGCCAGGCCGACACUAAUCGCCUCCAUGCAUCGGUCCUUCGAUCAUCGACGAUCCGUCGUCCGCGCCGCGAAUGUCGUCACGAUGAGGCUUGGGAAGGCGAAAGCCACGCUCGGAGUGUACCCCGACUACAUCCCUGAUUGGGCACCAUGCGGCAUCGGAUUUGCGCACGACGCGACCAUCAAGGGGCCGGAGGAUGCGAAGAGGCUGGAUUGGUUGGGUUCGGGCCCCGCCGAUGAUGACAUCAAAGGCGAAGGAAAGGACGACGCAUAAGGCGGGUUGUGUCCUUGUCUGCGUUGCACUUAUUCUUGUUCUUCGUAUUGGCUUCACAACAUGCAAUAGACAUGCGUCCAUCACAAAUUGACAAAAUGCAUGACGGGAUCGUACAGAAGCAUGUUGCACAUGUCAUCCCACCACAACAGCACACGGAACCGGUCAUGGAAACUGAAAUGAAGAUAUGCACCAAAAAACGAUAAAGAUAAACAACAUUUCCACAG